AUGAACAAGAUGCUAUCCAUUCCGCUCAUUUUCUGUUUGUCAUUUUCUGUUGGCUCCUCGGGCGCGUCAAGUGCAGGAGUACCAGGUUCGCGGCCGCAGUCAGAAUUUUCUAUAUUCCGCCACGGUCACAGCGUCACGGCGUUGAAAGCACGAAUCGCGCACCCCGUGGAGGAGGACACAUCAAUGGAACAGACGAGUCAAAAUGAAGAGCCAAGUGCGACAUUAGACCUUCGCCAACGACAGAAGGAGACUCGGACGCUUGUUUCGGAAAAAAAUAGCUACGGCGGCACCCCUCUCCUAGAGUUGAUGGGAAUUCCGGAAGCUGUUCUAUCUCCUGCCGAGCGGUUAGAGUCAGCACGCUUUCUGCUCCACAGAGGCGCUGACCCUAACGCCGACCUGGGGGGCAAGCAUGCUGGCUGGAGUGGAGGAGUGGUGAUGAUGUGUCAAGGUACGGGCCCGCUCUACUGCGCGUGGAGCGACGUUACCAUUGAUGAUCAUCCCACGAGAAUGGAAGUUGAUAUCCCACUCGUCGCGCUUCUCUUGGCGUACGGAGCCGACUUUUUCGAACUUUUGCGCAGGGUUCCCACGGGAGAGUUGAUUGCGUUUUCCAGACAAGGUGGUGCGCUUUCCAGACCUAAAGGUUUAACAGCGCACUACAACCUGGAGUCUACAAAGCACAUAUGUGACUUGUGGCCGCGUCAGAAUGGACGCUUUGCCAGUGAUCUAGUGGAGUACUUCACCAGGAGAUUAGCGCUGAAACCCCGGGAGCAGUCGUGUGCUACGCAGCAUGGCACUUCUUCUUCUGCUGCUGCUUCUUCUUCUGCUGCUUCUUUUUCUACAGGCACUGCUACAAGGUGGCCACGACAGGGGUCCGGAUCUGCAUCAUCCUCCUCGACAGGAUGCUUAUCAACAAACCCUAUGAGCAGGACCUUUACGGCUGCUCCCCUUGUAACCGGGGAAGCUGAGUCCUGUAAAAGUGAUAUGCUGGCGCAACGAACUGCUAUUCUUGCUUGUGCAAAGUCAGGUCUGAAGAGUGCACGCUGCUACAAGAAAGGCACUUAAGAUAAUUAUGGAAAAACAACAAGUUUUAGACUUACUCUAAGAUGACUCCAUUCAUUCUAUCGCUAUCAGUACCAUACUUUUGCCACAAUCGUUUCUUGAGAAACUGCAGAAUGUUGUAUUCAAUUUCUAAGCAUAUUCAACUUAUAUGUAAGAGACAGAGUAGAGCUGUUUCGUCUUGCCAGCAGUAUAGGAGGACUGCUUGAGACGCCAUGACGAUGAUGCUUUUUUUUUAGUACUAGACGCGCAACAUGCUUUCUAGAAGUGCGCCAUUCUUUGAAAUUUUUUGUUUCGCCAGGUCCACCUCUGGUUGCGUCGAAAGAAGCAAAGCGUGAGCCUCUUCCCACAUAUGUUCAAUUUUCUGCCGACGAGAUCGAGACUUGGAGUGCUGCAAGGCUGGAGGACGAAGUAGAAGCACAUCAAUUUUUGGGACGAAGAUCUGCUCUUCCAUCCUCAAUUGAGAUGAUCGAUCGAACAGAGACAGAGUCGACUCCUGCAUCAACUGCACGACUUCCUCCGGAUCAUCAACACGCGACGACUUUCUCCUCCGCGUCCUCUGCAGGUGAGCGGGCUGAGCGGGUGGGAGAAGGAGCUUCCUCCGGUCUGCCUGAGGAGGUGGUGGAGAAAGUAUGACACCAGGAAAAAGUGUACUCAUACUCAAGAAAAGAGGCUUUUUCCUACUUAGAAACUGCCUACUUUCUUGAGGGUGUUGAGUACACUUUUUCGCUUCAUAUGAAGUGAUGCGGAAUCAUUUCCCUACAGUUGCGGAGGGCCUGGGGUUGAUACGUCUGCGACCUGAUCUUGAGGACAGCAAGAACAAGAGGGCAGAAGUGCUUUUUCGAGGCGAGGAGAUUGAUGGCGAGAGGAGUCCUGCUCCUGCCGUCGAGGAGGGUGAUGGCGUUCUCAACGUUUUUUCCGGUUUUGACACGAUGCCAGACUGGCGUAGGCAAACGAACAGGUUCAUGCAACUUUCUGCUACGCUUCGCCGUUGUCCGGAUCAGUCAAAAAUUCGUGACUUCGCGUCCUUAGUAGCGAUUGGAGCUCGGAUUUUUCAGGCUCUAAGCCAGGAGAAGGAGUUGAAAGCUCUUGAGGGUUGAUAAUCAGGACUACUUACUUCUAUAUAAUCUCUUGUGUGCUGUGCUACUACUACUUCUAUGAAAAUCAGUACUACAACUACUUCUAUGUUGUAUAAUUAUCUAUCAGUUCUUGUACAACUACUGUUAGUUCAGCUUCAGUAGUAUUGUUCAUUCUUUAUAUAUGCAGUAUAAUCUUCUUCGCUAUGCUCCCAGCAUGCACCGCACUAGUUAACUAGUAUAUACAUAUUAUAUUUAUAUGUUUAAGUUUCUAAACAGUGCAGGUUACCACGCGCAGUUAGUGGCUGCAUGUUUGGAAGAAGAAGCUCUUCUUGACUAUCUACUGCGUGAGAAUAUUAGGGCGUCUACACUGCAGCUUAAUGUCACUAAUGCGAAUACGAUCACUAAUGUGACGGAGUAUUUGAAUAAUUUUUUGCCACGACAAGAACGACUACAGUGUUGAUAUAAUUUUAAAGUAGCUUUCUACUUCUACGGCUGUCACGAAUCAUAAAGAUAAACUAGAUUGUCUGGCGCUUCACCCCACGACUGAGUACACCACGAAUGAGAAUGAGUGAACAGCUAUCAAUUGUAGUUGUACUAAAGUUACGACCACUAGAAGCCUAGUAAAAUGGAACCAAAGAACUAGAAGAAGAGUGCCUGAAUAAGGCACAAGAUCAGGUAGAAGAAGAGUGCCUGAAUCUAGGCCGUUAGGAAUGUCUGAAGAAGUUCAGGUUAGACUAAGGCGGGCUAAGCCUCCCUAAGUCUAAAUCUAAAGACUGUCUGAAUAUCAUGUGAAUCUAGGCCGUUAGGAAUGUCUGAAGAAGUUCAGGUUAGACUAAGGCGGGCUAAGCCUCCCUAAGUCUAAAUCUAAAGACUGUCUGAAUAUCAUGUGAAGGCUGACUCCUGAAGAUCAUCGGGUCGCUUUACUUGGUAGACUCCGACUUUUUGACUAUAAACCAGUGAAUUGCUUCGAGUAGGACAGGCUACUCGCGCUAGAAACGGUUAAAAGUUGGCGGUUGAAUAUUUUUUGCUUUCAAGGCGGGAAAACAUAAACAACCAUUGCCGGAGCCUGAGAAACAUAGAGAACGUGCUUGUUGAUGUCGUUGAUGCUCUGGUUACACAGUGAUUAAGUGAGUGACAGGGUAUUAUAACUCAUUCACUAGUAGCACCUCAUUGACAGUUGCAGUCCACUGCGCUUCUAAUGUUGUUCUGAGCGACAAGGCGACGCAACAUUAUAGCAGCGUGCGAAAAAGCAGCUUUUUGUUGGGAAGAAAAACUAGCUAAGAAAACUAGUUAUGUCUCGUCCGCCUGCAGCUUUUUGUUGGGAAGAAAAACUGGCUAAGAAUACUAGUUAUGUCUC